CCUGCUUGUGCUCUCUCUCUCUGACAAAUAAAUAAAUAAAAUCUUAAAUAAAAUAAGUAGAUGAAACUUAACAAGAACAGGAUUUCUGCAGAGCCUCAAAUGAGUUCCCCCCUAACUAUUUAUUAAUUACUAUGGUGGUUUUAACAUAUGUCCACACAUGGUUUGGUAUUCCUUCUUUCAGGAGAUGGGGCUUAAUUUCCUGGCCCUUGAAUAUGGGCUGCACUUGCUUCUAAGGGAUAGAAAGUAGGGAGGGAAGGAUAGUAACUUUACAGUGAAAAACCUGGAAGAUACCACCUUAACUAAAUGAUUAACAUUGUCAGUCGUAAGACAUAUUGAUACCAUGUACUUUCUGAUUUAAUGGGUUUGAAAGAGCAAGCAUAUUACCUCCAUGGUGCUCUUUCCUAAAGAUCCAUAACCGUUAGUUAUUUAAUAUUUAAUAUUUAAUUAUGAGAAUACAUCAGACCAGACCAAACUAAGGGGAGUUCUAUAGAAUACUUGCCUGGCACCCCUUACAACUGUCGAUGUAGUAAAAAAACAAAGACAGGAAGUGUCAUAGACCGGAGGUCAUAAUUAUAAUGAGGUGUCCUGGGUCCUAGAAGAGAAAAAGACCUUCAUAGGAAAACUAGGGAAAUCCAAAUAAAGUGUCUAGUUAAUAGUACUGUACCAAUAUUAAUUUUUUAGUUUUGAUAAAUGUUGCAUAAGGUGUUAACAUUAGGAGCAGCUGGGUUAUGGGGAUUUUCUGUACCAUCUUAUUAACUCUUCUGUUAGUCUAAAAUGAUUUCAUAGUAAAAAAAAAAAAAAAAGCAAAAUAAAUAAAAUUAACCAUUGGUGAUCUGGACUGACCCCUAUUGCUCCUAAGCUCCCUUCACUAGUAAAGGUAUUACUGUUAUUUCUGACUUAUAGGAAGAAAUGACCUUAUAGUUUCUAGAAGAAAGUUCUAACAGAAAGACAACUGCCUUGGUGGUCAUUUCAAGAAAGAGAUUGCCAGUAAUUUGUUGGAAGCUCUAGUGUCACUGAUACUUGAUCCAGAGGUUUAAUGGGGGUUUUUAAACAUUUUUUUAAACCAUGAAAAUAAUAUUUCUAGCUUCUGGAUUCCUGGAGUGUCUAUCAUUAUUAAACAGUGUAAUCUUAUUCACUUGAAGAAUAAUUUUGGGUUCUUUAAAAAUGCAUUUCUGCUGAUUUAUCCUCGCCUAAGUAAAUGCUCAAAGUCACCUUGCACAGUUGUGUGGGUGGCAUGAGAAACGAGGAGCAGUAACAGGAAGAUCACGCUGAGUCACACGGGCAGAAUGAGGUUGGUAUUUGGAGCUUCUGACUCCCACCUCCUCCAAGUCUUACUUCCAGUCCCUUCCUUUCACUUUUACAAAAAUAGAAAUUGACUGCGUUUGCAGUAAUAGUUGCUAAUGUGACGUCCGGGUGAGGUCAGAGAAGCCCGUUCAUUAGUACUGGGUCAGGAAGGCACUUUGAGCUUCUGAGGCUUGUUCUCCUGCAGAGUGGCGCAGAGGCUCAGUUUGGGGAUAAUGAUUUACUUGCUGGAGGCCUGUGGUGUCACCCAGUCCUUUGGAUACCCUGGUUUCCACCUGUCAUUACCACAAGGGCAACAGUUUAUUACAGGUCUCCCCCUUUUUCUUUUUUGCUAUGAUUGUAUUUUGUAUUCUUCCUAUAGAAAUACUGUAAAGAAGCAGAAUGGGUUUCUUUAAAAAAAAAAAAAAAUCCGUAGUCCUGAUAGUUGUAAGAUCUGUCUGGUGUCCUGAAGCAGUAAGACACACAUACGGGCUACUCCUGGUCGGCACAAGGACAAGCUCGGGCUCUGAAGUUAUGGGACCUUGGACAGCUCCUCAGUCUCUGUGUCAGCUGCUCUGUGUGUGCCAUGCGAAGACCCAGAGGAUGUCUCUCGCAGGACCCUGGUGAGGGGUCAGGCCCGUGGGCACUCAGCGCAGCGCUUGCCCUGAGAUCCACAGUCAUAGAUCAACCUGCCGUGGGGCAGUGCAGUAUCGAGCACGUGAACAACCUGCGGGAGAUACAAGCUCUGAGGCGCCUGAAUCCGCACCCAAACAUUCUUACGUUGCACGAAGUGGUUUUUGACAGAAAAUCUGGCUCUCUUGCACUCAUAUGUGAACUUAUGGACAUGAAUAUUUAUGAGCUAAUACGAGGGAGAAGACACCCAUUAUCAGAAAAAAAGAUUAUGCACUAUAUGUACCAGUUAUGUAAAUCCCUUGAUCAUAUGCACAGAAAUGGAAUAUUUCACAGAGAUGUAAAGCCAGAAAACAUAUUAAUAAAGCAGGAUGUCCUGAAGUUGGGGGACUUCGGAUCCUGCCGGAGCGUCUACUCCAAGCAGCCCUACACGGAGUACAUCUCCACCCGCUGGUACCGAGCCCCGGAGUGUCUCCUCACCGACGGCUUCUACACCUACAAAAUGGACCUGUGGAGCGCUGGCUGCGUGUUCUACGAGAUUGCCAGUCUGCAGCCCCUCUUCCCCGGAGCUGAUGAGCUGGACCAGAUCUCAAAAAUCCAUGAUGUCAUCGGCACGCCUCCCGGGAAGACCCUCGCCAAGUUCACACAGUCGAGAGCUAUGAGUUUUGAUUUUCCUUUUAAAAAGGGAUCAGGAAUACCUCUACUGACAGCCAGUCUGUCCCCACAAUGCCUCUCCCUCCUGCACGCAAUGGUGGCCUAUGAUCCCGACGAGAGAAUCACUGCCCACCAGGCCCUGCGACACCCCUACUUCCAGGAGCAGAGGGCGGCGGAGAAGCAGGCUCUGGUUGGCCACAGAAAAGCUUUCUUUCCAGAGCGCCCCGUGGCUUCAGAACUACUCAGUAACCGCUGGCACGUUGCCGAGGAGGACAGACAGCAGAAACAGUCCCUAAAGCCAGAGGAGGACCAUCCCAAGAGACCAGGCCCAGCCUACGUCACGGAACUGCCCAGACUGAAGCUUUCGGGAGUGACCAAACCAUCCUCGUAUCCUAGCCCCGCGCUGCACCCCGUGUUCGGCCCGGGGCCCGGCAGGAAAGUGCUGGGGCUGAGGCCCCUCGAGUGUGUUGGCGCCCGCCAGAAGGUAGCCCAUCGCGCUCGCUCCCCGUGGCCCACGGCUCUCAGGCCGGCCCCGCCGAGUGUCUGUUUCCUUCGACAGACGGAUGCGCACAAGGACACGAAGCCCGACCUAAAGCAGUACGGCCUGCCCUCGAUCCAGAGGAAGGGCGGGGGGCGCUGAGACGCCCCCGCUGGCUCGCCCCUGGGAGCGGAGACUGGGUGUGGCCAGGCUGGCCCGCGGAUCGCCACCGAGCCCCCAGGGGAGGGCUGCGGGGUGAGGCCUGGCGUGUCCCCCUCGCAGAGCCUGGCGUCCCCGGAGGCACUGCCCCGCCGGCCAGCUGGUGCCCCCUCGGCCUGGACCCCCAGCCUGCGGCUCCGGGUGUCCUGAAAGCGGCUGUCCUGUGCUCCAGCCAACACAUCCGUAAAACCACCUCAGCCCGGGCUUUCUUCUCAUGUUUCUAACCAAGAGAUUUGGGGCAGAGAAUAUUUUGUAAUUUUUUUAAAUCUGAAUCAAAACAGAAGUCGGAGUUUAUACACUGUGUUAUUUAGGCUUGGUUUCAGCACGGGCUCUGCGCGUCGUGCCUUCUUUAGAUGUCACCAGUCGCACGGGCAUGUCACAGUUACAUCAUGCUGUCGGAGUUUUAUUAAAGAAUAAGCUAUCAGUGCGAUA